GUCAGGACGUGGCGGUCUAUUUCUCCAUGGAGGAGUGGGAGUAUGUAGAAGGACACAAGGAUCAGUACAAGGAUCAGGUCAUGAUGGAGGAUCAGCAGCCCCUCACAUCACCAGUCAGAUCCAGUAAGAGAACAGCACCAGAGAGGUGUCCCCGUCCUCUUGAUGAACAGAAUAUGGAGGAUAUUACUACAGGGAAAGAUCUGAUCUAUAUUAAUCCUACAGACAUAAAGGAAGAAGAAGAGACAGAUGUGAGCAGUGAUGAGCAGUAUAAGGAGGACAUUUCUACAGAGAAUGAUCUCAUCUAUAUUAAUGCUACAGACAUAAAGGAAGAAGAAGAGACAGAUGUGAGCGGUGAUCAUCAGUAUAAGAAGGACAUUUCUACAGAGAAAGAUCUGAUCUAUAUUAAUGCUACAGACAUAAAGGAAGAAGAAGAGACAGAUGUGAGCAGUGAUGAGCAGCAUAAGGAGGAUAUUACUGCAGGGAAAUAUCUGAUCGAUAUUUAUACUACAGGCAUAAAGGAAGAAGAGACAGAUGUGAGCCGUGAUGAGCAGUAUAAGGAGGACAUUCCUACAGAGAAAGAUCUUAUCUAUAUUAAUGCUACAGGCAUAAAGGAAGAAGAGACCGAUGUGAGCGGUGAUGAGCAGUAUAAGGAGGACAUUUCUAUAGGGAAAGAUCUGAUCAGUAUUAAUGCUACAGAUUUAAAGGAAGAAGAGACAGAUGUGAACAGUAAUAAGCAGUAUAAGGAGGAUAUUACAGCAGGGAAAGAUCUGAUCGAUAUUUAUACUACAGGCAUAAAGAAAGAACAAGAGACAGACAUGAGCGGUGAUGAGCAGUAUAAGAAGGACAUUCCUACAGGGAAAGAUCUGAUCUAUAUUAAUGCUACAGACAUAAAGGAAGAACAAGAGAUAGAUGUAAACAGUGAUAAGCAGUAUAAGGAGGACAUUCCUAUAGGGAAAGAUCUGAGCUAUAUUACUGCUAGGGACAUAAAGGAAGAAAAAGAGACAGAUGUAAACAGUGAUAAGCAGUAUAAGGAGGACAUUCCUAUAGGGAAAGAUCUGAGCUAUAUUACUGCUAGGGACAUAAAGGAAGAACAAGAUGCUGAUGUAAGCAGUGAUGCGCAGUAUAAGGAGUGCAUUUCUACAGGGAGAGAUCUGAUCUAUAUUAAUGCUACAGACAUAAAGAAAGAAAAAGAAGAGACAGAUGUGAGCAGUGAUAAGCAGUAUAAGGAGGACAUUCCUACAGGGAAAGAUCUGAUCUAUAUUAAUGCUACAGACAUUAAGAAAGAAGAAGAAGAGACGGAUGUGAGCGGUGAUGAGCAGUUUAAGGAGGACAUUCCUACAGGUAACUGCCCAGAUUCUUGUAGCAGGAGAUCAGAGGAGAAUCUUAUAUCUUCAGAUUAUAAAGCAGAUGAUGAUAUCACACAAGAUACAUAUGAAGAACAUUCCAUUAUCCCAGAUACACCCUCAGCCCUUCACAGCCAAAAUCUGUCAUCUCAUCCUUAUAUACAGGUCCUGUCUUCUCAGUCAUCACAGGAUGUUCAGCAAAAUAAAGGUCACAGAAGGGGUUUUGGACAACAACGAGCUCAUACAGGAAAGAAACCAUAUUUAUGCUCAGAAUGUGGGAAAUGUUUUACUUUUAAAUCAGGUCUUGUUGUACAUCAGAGAACUCACAAAGGAGAGAAGCCGUUUUCAUGUUCAGAAUGUGGGAAAUGUUUUACUCAGCAAUCACAUCUUGUUAGACAUCAAAGAACUCACACAGGGGAAAAGCCAUUUUCAUGCUCAGAAUGUGGAAAAUGUUUUACUCAGCAAUCACAUCUUUCAAGUUUUGUUCAACAUCAAAGAACUCACACAGGGGAGAAACCAUUUUCAUGUUCAGAAUGUGGAAAAUGUUUUACUGACAAAUCAAAGCUUGUUAAACAUAAACGAACUCACACAGGCGAGAAACCAUAUUCAUGUUCAGAAUGUGGGAAAUGUUUUUCUGACAUAUCAAAUUUUGUUGUACAUAAAAAAACUCACACAGACGAGAAGCCAUUUUGCUGUGCAGAGUGUGGGAAAGGUUUUAUUGUGAAAUCAAAUCUUGUUCAACAUCAACGAGCUCAUACAGGAAAGAAAUCAUAUUCAUGCUCAGAUUGUGGGAAAUGUUUUACUAAGAAAUCACAACUUGUUCAACAUCUAAGAACUCACACAGGGGAGAAGCCGUUUUCAUGUUCAGAAUGUGGGAAAUGUUUUAAUCAGAAAUCAAGUCUUUUUAGACAUCAAAAAAGAACUCACACAGGGGAGAAGCCAUAUUCAUGCUCAGAAUGUGGGAAAUGUUUUCCGGAGAAAUCACAUCUUGUUCAACAUCAAAGAACUCACACAGGGGAGAAGCCAUUUUCAUGUUCAGAAUGUGGGAAAUGUUUUAAUCUGAAAUCAAGUCUUUUUAGACAUCAAAGAACUCACACAGGGGAGAAGCCAUUUUCAUGUGCAGAAUGUGAAAAAUGUUAUACUGCAAAAUCAAAGCUUGUUCAACAUCAAAGAACUCACACAGGGGAGAAGCCAUUUUCAUGUUCAGAAUGUGGAAAACGUUUUAUUGUGAAAUCAAAUCUUGUUAAACACCAACGAACUCAUACAGGAAAGAAACCAUAUUCAUGCUCAGAAUGUGGUAAAUGUUUUACUCAGAAAUCAGGUCUUGUUGUACAUCAGAGAACUCACACAGGAGAGAAGCCAUUUUCAAGUUCACAAUGUGGGAAAUGUUUUACUUGCAAAGGAGAUGUUACUCGACAUCAAAGAACUCACACAGGGGAGAAACCAUUUUCAUGUUCACAAUGUGGGAACUGCUUUACUAGGAAAUCAAAUCUUGUUCAACAUCAAAGAACUCACACAGGGGAGAAGCCAUUUUCAUGCUCAGAAUUUGGGAAAUGUUUUACUGGCAAAUCAAAACUUCUUAAACAUCAGAAAGCUCACACAGGAGAGAAUGCAUUUUCAUGCUCAGAAUGUGGGAAACGCUUUACUGACAAAUCACAUCUUGUUCAACAUCAUAGAACUCACACAGGAGAGAAGCCAUUUUCAUGCUCAGAAUGUGGGAAAUGUUUUACUGACAAAUCAAGUCUUGUUAAACAUCAAAGAACUCACACAGGGGAGAAGCCAUUUUCAUGCUCAGAAUGUAGGAAAUGUUUUACUGACAAAUCAAGUCUUGUUAAACAUCAAAGAACUCACACAGGAGAGAAACCAUUUUCAUGUUCAGAAUGUGGGAAAUGUUAUACUGGCAAAUCAAAUCUUCUUAAACAUCAGAAAACUCACAUAGGAGAGAAGCUAUUUUCAUGCUCAGAAUGUGGGAGAUGUUUUACUGAGAAAUCACAUCUUGUUAGACAUCAAAGAACUCGCACGGGGGAGAAGCCAUUUUCAUGUGCAGAAUGUGGGAAAUGUUAUUCCCAAAAAUCAAGUCUUGUUAAACCUCAAAGAACUCACACAGGAGAGAAACCAUUUUCAUGUUCAGAAUGUGGGAAAUGUUAUACCGGCAAAUCAAGUCUUCUUAAACAUCAGAAAACUCACAUAGGAGAGAAGCCAUAUUCAUGUUCAGAAUGUGGAAAGUGUUUUACCAAGAAAUCAAAUCUUAAAUGUUUUACUGGGAAACAAGGUCUUGUUCGCCAUCAAAGAACUCACACAGGAGAGAAGCCAUUUCCAUGUUCAGAAUGUGGGAAAUGUUUUACUCAGAAAUCAUACCUUGUUGUACAUCAAAGAACUCACACAGGAGAGAAGCCAUUUUCAUGUUCAGAAUGUGGGAAAUGUUUUACUUAUAAAUUAGACCUUGUUGUACAUCAAAGAAAUCACACAGGAGAGAAGCCAUUUUUAUGUUCAGAAUGUGGAAAAUGUUUUGCUUUUAAAUCAUGUCUUGUUGUACAUGAAAGAACUCACACAGGAGAGAAGCCAUUUUCAUGUUCAGAAUGUGGGAAAUGUUUUAAUUAUAAAUCAGGUCUUGUUGUACAUCAAAGAACUCACACAGGAGAGAAGCCAUUUUCAUGUUCAGAGUGUGGGAAAUGUUUUGCUCAGAAAUCAGAUCUUGUUAAACAUCAAAGAACUCACACAGGGGAGAAGCCAUUUCCAUGUUCAGAAUGUGUGAAAUGUUUUACUCAGAAAUCAGACCUUGUUUUACAUCAAAGAAUUCACACAGGAGAGAAGCCAUUUUCAUGUUCAGAAUGUGGGAAAUGUUUUGCUCAGAAAUCAGAUCUUAUUAAACAUCAAAGAAUUCACACAGGGGAGAAGCCAUUUCCAUGUUCAGAAUGUGUGAAAUGUUUUACUCAGAAAUCAGACCUUGUUUUACAUCAAAGAACUCACACAGGAGAAAAGCCAUUUUCAUGUUCAGAAUGUGGGAAAUGUUUUGCUCAGAAAUCAGACCUUGUUGUACAUAGAAAAACUCACUCAGGAGAGAAGCCAUUUUCUUGCGCAGAAUGUGGGAAAUGUUUUGCUCAGAAAUCAAUUCUUGUUAAACAUCAAAUAACUCACACAGGGGAUAAGCCAUUUUUAUGUUCAGAAUGUGGCAAAUGUUUUACUCGCAAAUCAGACCUUGUUGUACAUCGAAAAACUCACACAGGAGAGAAGCCUUUUUCAUGUUCUAACACAGGGGAAAACAUGAAGCAGAGCAAAAAAUUAUGCAAAUAACACAUCUAUAUAUUAACCAUGUACAUAGGAUAGUUGACAAUAAUGCAUACUAAUAUAUAUUUAUACAAUAUAUGCUUCAUCUCCAAACUUGAUAUAAUUUUUUAGGAAGUUCUCUAUAUUAUACACUGCUCAAAAAAAUUAAGGGAACACUAAGAUAACAGAUCCUAGAUCUGAAUGAAUGAACUAAUCGUAUGAAAUACUUUCGUCUUUACAUAGUUGAAUGCGCUGACAACAAAAUCACACAAAAAUUAUCAAUGGAAAUCAAAUGUAUCAACCCAUGGAGGUCUGGAUAUGGAGUCACACUGAAAAUCACAGUGGAAAACCACACUACAGGCUGAUCCAACUUUAUGUAAUGUCCUUAAUACAAGUCCCAAUGAGGCUCAGUAGUGUGUGUGGCCUCCAUGUGCCCGUAUGACCUCUCUACAACACCUGGGCAUGCUCCUAAUGAGGUGGCGGAUGGUCUCCUGAGAGAUGUCCUCCCAGACCUGGACUAAAGCAUCCGCCAACUCCUGGACAGUCUGUGGUGGAUGGAGCGAGAAGUCCCACAACUGCUCAAUCGGAUUCAGGGGAACGGGCGGCCAGUCCAUAGCAUCAAUGCCUUCCUCUUCUAGAUACUGCUGACACACUCCAGCCACAUGAGGUCUAGCAUUGUCUUGUAUUAGGAGGAAACCAGGGCCAACCGCACCAACAUAUGGUCUCACAAGGGGUCUGAGGAUCUCAUCUCGGUACUUAAUGGCAGUUAGGCUACCUCUGGCAAGCACAUGGAGGGCUGUGCGGCCCCCCAAAGAAAUGCCACCCCACACCAUUACUGACCCACUGCCAAACCGGUCAUGCUGGAGGAUGUUGCAGGCAGCAGAACAUUCUCCACGUCUGUCACAUGUGCUCAGUGUGAACCUGCUUUCAUCUGUGAAGAGCACAGGGCAUCAGUGGUGAAUUUGCCAAUCUUGUUCUCUGGCAAAUGCCAAACAUCCUGCGCGGUGUUGGGCUGUAAGCACAACCCCCACCUGUGGACGUCAGGCCCUCAUACCACCCUUAUGUAUCUGUUUCUGACCGAUUGAGUCUUGCAUAUUUGUGGCCUGCUGGAGGUCUUUUUGCAGUGCU